GUCCCGGCGGAGGAGGUGAACUCUAUUUUCCAAUACAAAAAGAAAUCACCUACAACGCAGCGUCUGAGAGGUGCGGCUGCCCUCCCACCUCAGCCUGUCUUUGACUGACUCCGUUAAGUAAAGCUCCGACGCUUCAUUGUAACUCGACUAACUUAAGAAGAACGGAGAAAAAAGAGCAGCGAAAGAUUUCCUCCGUUUUCGUUUCCCGUCCUUUUUGUACUCGUGGCGCAUAACGGAGGGGACGAUAUCUGCUGUUUUGUCUCCCCUCCUCCUCCUCUUUACCCAAGAGAGCAAAGAAUACUAAUCACCAGCCUUGCGCACGCCACACAAACACACACGUACUCACACCAUGUCUCUUACGACGGCCUUUCCUUUCCACGCCUACGUCGGCGACCUGCGCACCCGCGCGGUGCACGAGCAGAAGAGCGAUGUCUCCCUGUCUCUUAUGACCUCAGAAGACAUUGCGCGACUCGCCUUUGUCGAGGUGCGGGUGCGAUGCGGACAGGAGGACCAUCUUUCGCCGUGGAAUCCCACCGUGCGCCGCGACGGCACCUACCCAACGUUCUACGACACCCGCAUGGGCAACUUCAACGUCCGCACCUUUCCCCCGCAGGCCUGCUCGAGCUGCUGCAACACCCUUAACGGCAAGUUUGGCAACGAGCGCUGUCAGGGCCACUACGGGUACAUCAGCAUGCCCCGCCGCUACCCCAACGACCCGUCACGCGGGCAGGAGCACCUGAGCGUCAUCAACCCGCACCUCGCCCAGGAGGUGGAGCAGCUGCUGCAGGCGGAGUGCUUUUUCUGCCACCGCCUGCGUGUGCCGGAGUUCGACGUGGUGCGCUAUCAGCAGGCGCUGCGGCUCGUGGACGCCGGACUGAUCGGCGAUGCCCUGCGCUUUCUGGACAUGGUGGCGAACGCGCACGGGCAGGAGAUGCGCCUGCGCCGCCGCCGUGAUGUGAACGAGACGGUGAUCAACGAUGUCCCGCUGAUGCUGGAGCACGUGGAGAAGCUGCUGCGACGCCGCGGCGUGUGUGAUGGCGCUGCUGCUGCGGGUUCCGAAAACGGCGGCGGUGACGCGCGUGUCGGGGCGGGAGAGGUGGAGGAGAGACCGGGGACGGACGAGCACGUACACAAGUCCACGCUCGACGUGCGCAACGAAAUCUGCAAGCUGGCGCUCCGAAAGUUCCGCGAGUACAGCAACGUGUGCACCCACUGCCAAAACAUCUCCCCCCGCAUCACCACCAAAAACGGUCACCUCUUCUUCUUCUUCAACAAGAAGAACGCGGACUUCAACGUGGCGAAUGGCGGGCUGACGCUGGCGCAGCUGCGGGAGUGGGAGGAGAUCAACCGCCGUCAGGGCCGCAGCCACAGCUACUUCCGCACUUCGUGGGUGCGGGAACACAUCAAGCAGCUCUGCCAGCACGAGCCCGCCAUCCUCGCCGCCCUCUUCCCGCACCUGGGCGAGGCGACCGUGAACAUGCCCUACGCCUGCCCACUGCCGCCAACAUACUUCUACAAGGUCUUCUUCUUGGACAAGCUGCUGGUGCCCCCGCUGCAGCUGCGGCUCUCCUCGGGGGUGCAGAUCUCUGACUCGGGCACCAUCGUCCCCGACGCCCGCACGCGUGCCUUGUCCGACGUGCUGGGCUUCGUUGAGCAAAUCGAGGCGUACUACGUCCUCUACAACAACUCAACCCCCGAGCGCAACCUCGUCAGCGCGGCGCAGGACAUCGCCCAGGAGCACAACCUGCGCAACUUGCAAGCAAAGGUGACGGAGGUGUUCACGGACGUACUGGAGAGCUUCGCGAAGAAGGAGGGGCUGUUCCGCAUGCACAUGAUGGGCAAGCGCGUGAACCAGGCAUGCCGCAGCGUCAUUUCACCGGACUACAUGCUGGAGCCGAACGAGGUGCUCCUGCCGCGGCCGUUUGCGCGUGCCCUGACGUUUCCAGAGCUGGUGAGCAGCUACUCGCCUGCCCGCACGCUGUUCUUGAAGCGGUGUGUGAUGAACGGCCCGGAUGUGUACCCGGGGGCGACGCACCUCGAAAUCGGCCUGCCCAGUGGAGAAACCCGCUUCGUCGACCUGCACGUGCCGGAGCCCGUGCGGCGGCAGCACGCGAUGAAGUACUUCGCGAUGGCCCAGACGGGCUCGCUCACGGUGCACCGCCACAUCCUCGACGGCGACCGCCUCAUCUUCAACCGCCAACCCACCCUGCAUAAAGUGUCGAUGAUGGCCUACCGGGCGAAGGUGCUGUCCGGCCUCAAGACGCUGCGCUUCCACUACGUCAAUGGCAGCUCCUACAACGCAGACUUCGAUGGAGAUGAGAUGAACAUCCACGUCGUGCAGAGCCUCGAGGCGAGGGCGGAGUUGGAGUGCUUGAUGGACGCGAACCUCAACUACCUCGUCCCCACCUCUGGCAAGCCGAUCCGUGGCUUCAUUCAGGAUCACAUUGUGGCGGGGGUGCUGCUCACGCUGCGCGAUAAGUUCUUACCCCACCACACCUUCGUCCAAUUUGUCUACAACGGUAUCGCGCCGUACAUGCAGAAGCACGGUAACCCGCUAAGCGCGCACGCGACGCUGACGGAGCUGAUCCCCAUGCCGACGAUCCUGAAGCCGCGCCCGCUGUGGACGGGCAAGCAGCUCAUCUCCGUCAUUGUGCAUUACGUCACGGGCGUGGUGGAGAGCCGCGCUGGUCGGCCGAAGAGCCACGGUGUGAGCAUGCACGGCACCUCACUGGUGCAGCCCAGCACCUUCACCACCACCGACCCGCACACCGGCAAGCUGGUGACGGCGUCGCGCACAUGCAUGGAGGACGGCCACGUCCACUUCUUCGAGAGCGAGCUCAUCACGGGGGUGCUGUGCAAGAACCAGCUCGGCGCCGCCAACCUCUCCGUCGUGCACGUCAUUCACGAAAUCUACGGGCCGCACAUGGUGGGCGAGCUCUUUGGCGCGCUGGGCCGCGUGCUGACGAUCAGCCUGCAGCGCGAGGGUUUCUCGAUCGGCAUGGACGACAUGCUGCUCGUGCAGGAGGAGCGUCGGCGUGCGCUGCUGCGCGAGCUCGAUAACGCGCCGCUCACGCUGCCUGACGACGAGGGGGCGGUGAUGCCGGUUAUCAUGGGCAUGGCAACGAACCUGCAGAAGGAGUUUGUGCCUGGCCGGAUGCUGCGCCGCUUCCCGCAGAACCAGCUGCUGCUCAUGACGAUGUCCGGUGCGAAGGGCAGCAACACGAACACCAUUCAAAUGUCGCUCGGGCUGGGCCAGCAGCUCUUCGACGGGCGGCGUGUGCGUCGCAUGAACUCCGGCAAGACGCUGCCGUCCUUCUUUGCGGACGAGAAGCGGGCCCGCUCGCUUGGCUACGCCAUUGGCCGCUUCGCCUCUGGCAUUCGCCCGGCGGAGUACACGAUCCACGCCAUGGCCGGCCGUGACGGCCUGAUCGACACGGCCGUGAAGACGUCGCGGUCGGGACAUCUGCAGCGGUGCCUCAUCAAAGGGCUGGAAAGCCUCGUCGUGCAGUGGGACCGCUCCGUCCGCGACGCAAACGGCAGCGUCGUGCAGUUCCUCUACGGCGGCGACGGCCUCGACCCGAUGCGCACCUCCUCCCUGCAGGCCUGGGAGGUCGUGAAGGACAACUGCGUAGACUUGGGCCGCAAGAUGAACGUGAACACCGGCGUGGCCACCGCGGAUGAGGCGGAUGAGGAGGCCGGCCGCAACAGCCAGGGCAAGCGCGAACGGGCGGAUGAUGUGGCGGCGGCGAUGCGGGCGGCGCAGCGGGCGCUGCUGGAGGCGGAGGCGCAGCGUGACCCACUGCCCGGGCCCUACAAGGCUAGCCUCGACACCUACCUCGAGACCAAGGCGCAGUACCCGCUCUUCAAGAAGGUGGCGCAGGUCGCCCGCUGGACCAAGAACGGUGUGCUGGAAGAGAAGCUGAAGGAGAAGCGGACGGAGAGCAUUCAGUACUACCGCGACGUGAUGACGGAGCUGACAACGCGGCGGCGGGUGCGGGCCUACUGCGACCCGGGUGAACCAGUCGGCCUGCUGGCGGCGCAGGCUGCGGGGGAGCCGUCAACGCAGAUGACGCUCAACACCUUCCACAGCGCGGGCUCGACGGUGACCCACGUGACGGAGGGCAUCCCGCGGCUGCGUGAGCUGCUCAUCUACGCGUCGGUGCAGCAGGUGGCGGUGGUGGUGCCGGUGGAGAAGGCCACAGAGGCGGAUGAGGUAGCCAUCGCGCGUGUACUGCAAGCAGGUGUGGCGACGCGGCUGACGGACUGCAUGGCGCGUGUGCCUGCUGCGAAGACCACCGCAGGAAUGGGAGGAGGAGGAGACGUCACCUCUGCCGCUUCCACGACGACCGCUCCCGGUUAUCACUACCACGUCACCCGCAGCGCAGAGGGCACGCAAAUUACGGUGGCUCUGCUCUUCUCCAAGGCAGUGCUGCAGCACAAGCAGCAGGCGAUGUGCAUGGCGCCCACGGAGCACCUGCAGUCCUUCAUGCAGACGCUGAAGAACUUUGCCCGGCAGGUCGUGACGGCGCUGCGCGGGCGGUCCAAGGAGGAGCAGGAGGGCGGCGCGGCGGGUCUCAUGCGCGGUGCGACGCAGGACCCGAUGCAUCAGAUGGAAGAAGACGGCGCGGCCGCGGCCGGCGCAAGCGACGACGACGACGACGACGGCGACCGCUCCACUCAGCUGAACACGCCAGCCCUCGGGGCAGCGGCGGCACCGUCAGCCACGGCCAGCGAAGUCGGGCGGGACGACACGUUGAUGCGCAUGGGCGACGAUGACUCGGACGGGGAGUCGGGGUCGGAGGACGAGGAAGGAGAGGAUGGCGAGGCGGAAAGCGACGGCAGCGACGGCAGCGGCGAGGAAGGGGCAGCGCAGAGGAGGAAGCCGCACAGGAAAUCGCGGGCGCGGCGUCACGCCGCCAAAGCGGAGGAGGACGAAGACGACGACGACGAGGAAAUGAUAGCGCUGGCCUUUGCGAAGCGUCAGGGCAACAACGCCUCGACAGCGGCAGCAGCGGAGGCGGGGAACGGCGCGAACGGCACCGUGAAUAAGGCGGCCUACGACGCGUUCCCGGCGAUUCGUGCCCUGUAUGGCAACAAGAAGUACCAGGUGGAAAUCGCACCCCUGCUGCGCGAGGCCGCCGCCCGUGACGGCGUCGUCGACCUGCCCGAUGACCUCUUCAUCGUGAAUGUGGCCAUCCACACCUCCGACCACGUCGUGGCGGUCAUUCCCGAUGUGCUGGAGAGCGCGCUGGCGCAGCAAACCUUCCCGUCGUGGCUCUCGCAGUUCGACACCGUCACCUACACUCGCAAGGCCGAGGACCCAUCGAGUGGCGAGAUGGUCUUCCAGGGCCGUGCGGCAACCAUUCGCAACGUGACGGCCUUCCUCGCCCUCUUCACCGUCCGCGCCCGCGCCAUUAAGGUGCGUAAGGCCCGCUCGACCGAUAUCCGAGACAUGUGCACGUCGUUCGGCGUGGAGAGCGGCUACAGGGCUCUCUUCGACGAGUUGGAGAAGCUGUUCAAGCGGUACGCGGUCGACUACCACCACCUCACUCUCAUCGCCGACGCCGCGACGCACCGCGGGGUGUGGGAGAAUUUCAACUUCACGGGUGUGAUCGCACACAGUGCGAGUCCGCUCUUUCAGAUGACCUUUGCAUCGUCGAAGCGCUUCCUGCACACGGCCCUGACGCGUGGCGUGGGGGACGAGCUGAGCUCAAUCAGCUCCGCCAUCAUGGUCGGUGCGCGUCCGCGCGUGGGCACGGCGUGCGUGAAAGUGGGUCAGGAUCCGCAGAUGCUGCGUGACGUGAUUGAGAAGAACCUGGCGUAG